AUGUUCUCCCUUCGCACCGCCGUGCGGAGAACUUCGACCGCCACUAGACAAUCCGCUCGAGCCCUCUCCGCACCACACGCCGUCUCCUCGGCCAGAUUGUCCUCUCCCUAUGCCCGCCACGCUCUCCGGGCGUCGGCCGUGCCCUUGCUGCAGGGUCGUCACUACUCCCGUGCCUCCGACCCGCAAUUCUCGUCGACCCGCUCCACCGUCGUCCAGCUGCUCAGCAACAUCGGCUCGAAGCGGGAGGUCCAGCAAUACCUCUCCCAUUUCACCUCCGUCUCUUCCCAGCAGUUCGCCGUGAUCAAGGUCGGUGGUGCGAUCAUUACCGAGCACCUGGAGACCCUGUCCUCCGCGCUCGCCUUCUUGAACGGCGUGGGACUCUACCCGAUUGUGGUGCACGGUGCCGGACCUCAGCUCAACCGCAUGCUCGAGGAUGCCGGUGUGGAGCCCGAGUUCGAGGACGGAAUCCGCGUGACCGACGGCAAGACCCUGGCGUUGGCCCGGAAGCUGUUCCUGGAGGAGAACCUGAAGCUCAUCGAGGAGCUGGAGCGCAUGGGGGUGCGGGCCCGUCCCGUCACCGCGGGCGUUUUCUCCGCCGACUACCUCGACAAGCAGAAGUACAACCUGGUGGGUAAGAUCAACGGCGUCAACAAGAAGCCCAUUGAGUCUGCCAUCUCCGCGGGCUGUCUGCCCAUCCUGACCUCCAUGGCCGAGACCCCGGAUGGCCAGGUCCUGAACGUCAACGCCGACGUGGCCGCCGGCGAGCUGGCUCGUGCCCUUCAGCCCCUCAAGAUCGUCUACCUCGCCGAGAAGGGUGGCCUCUUCAACGGUGACACGGGUGAGAAGAUCUCCGCCAUCAACCUGGAUGAGGAGUAUGAGCACCUCAUGCAGCAGUGGUGGGUGCGUCAUGGCACUCGUCUGAAGAUCAAGGAGAUGAAGGAUCUGCUCGACGACCUGCCGCGCACCUCCAGCGUUGCCAUCAUCCACCCCGCCGAUCUCCAGAAGGAGUUGUUCACCGACUCGGGUGCCGGUACCCUGAUCCGCCGUGGUAACAAGGUGCACACCAAGACCUCCCUCGCCGAGUUUGAGGAUCUGGAGAAGUUGAAGGAGGUGCUGGUCCGUGACCGCGAGGGACUUGAUGCCCGCGCGACGGUCGAUCGCUACGUCGAAGGCCUCAAGGAGCGCGACUUCAAGGUCUACUACGACGAGCCCAUGGAGGCCUUGGCCGUGGUGUUGCCUCCCCAGAAGGAUGCCACCACCCCUCUGGCCCACCUGGCCACCUUCACCAUCACAAAGUCGGGGUGGCUCACCAACGUCGCCGACAAUGUGUUCGCCUCCAUCAAGAAGGAUUUCCCUAAGCUGGUCUGGACCGUUAAGGAGGACGACGAGAACCUGACCUGGUUCUUCGACAAGGCUGAUGGCAGUCUGAGCCGGGACGGCGAGGUCCUGUUCUGGUACGGAAUCGAGAACGGCGAGGAGGUCAAGCAGCUGGUCCAGGAGUUCAACAAGGACGGCCGUCAGAUGUUUGGCGACCUGAACCUCGAGUCCCGCCUGCACCGUGCCGCUCAGGCGGCCACCAACAUCGGCAAGGGCUUUGGCGCCAGCGCUGCCUCGACGGAGCAGAAGCGUACCUUCUCGACCACCGGCAACGCCCUGCGUGCCGCUCGCUCCGGCCGUCCCACGGUCCCCGUGCAGGCCGUGCGCACGUUCGUCACCACCAACCCGAACCCGCCUCUCGGCGAGAAGAACAUGUCCAACACCCAGCCGUCCAAGGUGGCCCUCAUUGGAGCCCGCGGUUACACGGGCCAGGCCCUGAUCAGCCUGAUCAACGCCCACCCGCACCUGGACCUGCGCCACGUCUCGUCGCGUGAGCUGGCGGGGAAGCAGCUGCAGGGCUAUGACAAGCGUGAGAUCAUCUACGAGAACCUGAGCCCCGAGGAUGUCAAGCGCAUGUCCGAGAACGGCGACGUUGACUGCUGGGUUAUGGCGCUGCCGAACGGCGUGUGCAAGCCUUUCGUGGAUGCCGUCGACCAGGGUUCCCCCAAGGGCAACGUGAUCGUCGACCUGAGUGCUGACUACCGGUUUGACGCCAACUGGACCUACGGUCUGCCCGAGCUGGUCAACCGCUCGACCAUUGCCCAGGCCACCCGUAUCUCCAACCCCGGCUGCUACGCGACCGCUGCCCAGAUCGGCAUUGCGCCUCUCGUCCCCUUUCUGUCUGGCCAGCCCACCAUCUUCGGUGUUUCCGGUUACUCGGGCGCUGGCACCAAGCCCAGCCCCAAGAACGACGUGGAGUUCCUGACCAACAACAUCAUCCCCUACAGCUUGACCGGCCACAUCCACGAGAAGGAGAUCGGCUAUCAGCUUGGGGCCAGCGUUGCAUUUGUCCCUCACGUUGCCGUGUGGUUCCAGGGUAUCCAUCACACCAUCAGCAUCCCCCUCAAGGAGAAGAUGUCCUCCCGUGAAGUCCGCAACCUCUUCCACGAGCGGUAUGCCGGCGAGAAGCUGGUGAAGAUCGUGGGCGAGCCCCCUCUUGUCAAGGACAUCGCUGGUCGCCAUGGUGUGGAGGUCGGCGGCUUCGCCGUUGAUGCCACCGGCACUCGCGCUGUUAUCUGCGCCACCAUCGAUAACCUGCUGAAGGGUGCCGCCACCCAGUGUCUCCAGAACAUGAACCUUGCCCUCGGCUACGGCGAGUACGACGGCAUCCCUCUUGAAUAG